UUGAAUGUCAGAAAAUGUGAAUGUGAUGAAAUCAAAAAUUUAGAGUUUGUUUUAAAGAGGAUGUGUCAAUUAUUUACAACAAAAAAAAAAAAUAGUGUAUAAAUAGAAAAAAAAAUCACAAACAGAAUUUUGAAAAAUACUUCAGGAGUUUCAUUUAAUUAUUUGGAUAUAAAAUUGGAAAAGUUUGUGUAAAAAAAAAAAAAAAAAAAUGUUACUUUUUUCCAUUCUUCUAUGCAGCAUUUAUUUUCCAAUAAAUUGCAAUACAUAUUCAUUGAUAUUUGAUGUAAUUUUUGGAAAAGGAGGAAAUAUUCAACGAGUACGAAAUAUUGAGACUGCUAGAUCAUUAAAUCGAUUCUCUAUUCUUGAUUUUAUUGGAUUAGUUGAACGGCACGGGUAUCCGGCAGAGGAACAUGUAGUCACAACGAAGGAUGGUUAUAUUUUAAAAAUUCACCGGAUACCAGGCAGUCCCUCUAAACCAAAAUCGGAAGGGAAACCAGCUGUUUUUAUGCAACAUGGUAUCCUCGCUUCGUCCGACACUUUUGUCUUAAUGGGUCCUAAAAGAGAUCUAGCAUUUUUAUUAGCAAAUGCCGGCUACGAUGUUUGGAUUGGAAAUGUUCGAGGAAAUACAUAUUCUAGAGCUCAUAAAACACUAUCUCCUGAUCGUGAUUCUAAAUUUUGGAAGUUCAGUUUCCACGAAAUUGCAGUUUACGAUGUAUCAGCGUCAAUUGAUUAUAUUUUGAAAAAAACUGGCGAGAAAAAUUUGACAUACAUUGGCCAUUCAAUGGGAACAACAAUUAGUUAUGUUCUUUUAUCAGAAAAACCGGAAUAUAAUGAAAAAAUUAAAUUUAACAUUUGUUUAAGUCCAGUUGCAUCAUGGCGGCAUAAACGAACGCCAUUUUUUAAUAUUGUCGUCAAUUCAACUCCCCUUUUACAGAAAAUAUUGCAAAAAAAUCAAAUAAACGAAUUUUUUCCAUUAUCCAAGGAGGGAAUUAAAACUGGAAUGGCAUUUUGUAGUGAAAUUUCCAUUCUACAACCAUUUUGCAUUAGUCUUAUUUUAUUAAUAAGUGGAUAUGAUUUAGAGCAAUUAAAUACGAAAGCAUUGCCAUAUAUUUUUUCCUAUUUUCCUUCUGGCACAUCAGUUCAAAUAAUGUAUCAUUUCUAUCAAAACAUUGCCUCAGGUGAAUUUCAACAAUUUGAUUAUGGGGGAGAAAAAAAUUUUCUAACUUAUGGCCAAGAGAAACCGCCUUUGUACAAUUUAAAAAAUGUUCAAACGCCAGUUGCUUUAAUUUAUGGCGGUGGCGAUGUUAUUUCAACGAGAGAAGACAGUGAAGAGUUAAAAAAACUACUGCCAAAUGUUGUAACACUUGAAAAAGUGCCUCAUCCAAAUUUUAGUCACUUGGACUUUAUUUGGGCGAGAAAUGUUAAAUCUUUAUUAAAUGAUCGAAUAUUAAAAUUAAUGUUGUUUUUUUAUAUUAUUCUUCUAUUCUAUUUUCCAUUAAAUUGUAGAGCCUAUUCAUUAUUAUUUGACGUAAUGUUAGGAAAAGGAGGAAAUGUUUCUCGGGUGCGAAAUAUUGAAGAAGCUAGAUCAUCAAAAGAAUUUGCCAUUCUUGAUUUUAUUGGAUUAGUUGAACGGCACGGGUAUCCGGCAGAGGAACAUGUAGUCACAACGAAGGAUCGUUAUAUUUUAAAAAUUCACCGGAUACCAGGCAGUCCCUCUAAGCCAAAAUCGGAAGGAAAACCAGCUGUUUUUAUGCAACAUGGUCUCCUCGCUUCAUCCGACACUUUUGUCUUAAUGGGUCCUAACAGAGAUUUAGCAUUUUUAUUAGCCAAUGCCGGCUACGAUGUAUGGAUUGGAAACGUACGAGGAAAUACCUAUUCUAGAGCUCAUAAAACACUAUCUCCUGAUCGUAAUCCUCAAUUUUGGAAGUACAGCUUCCAUGAAAUUGCGCUCUACGAUGUUGCAGCAUCAAUUGAUUAUAUUUUGGAUAAAACUGGAGAACAAAAUUUGACAUACAUUGGCCAUUCAAUGGGAACAACAAUGAGUCUUAUUCUUUUAUCAACAAAACCAGAAUAUAAUGAAAAAAUUAAAUUUAACAUUUGUUUAAGUCCAAUUGCAUUUUGGCAACAUAAACCAACGCCAUUUCUUCAAUCUAUUAUUAAAUCUGUUCCUGUUGUAAAGAAAAUAUUGGAAAAAAAACAAAUCUACGAAUUAUUUCCAUUGUCAAAGGCAGGAAUUAAAAGUGGUACGUCACUUUGUAGUAAAGUUUCACAAUUGCAACCAAUUUGCGUUAAAAUUCUCACAUUAUUAAGUGGAUAUAAUUUGGAUCAAUUAAAUAAGAAUUCAUUGCCAUAUAUUUUGUCCUAUGCUCCAGCGGGCACGUCGAUUCAUUUAGUGUAUCAUUUUUAUCAAAUUAUAAAAUCAGGAGAUUUACGACAAUUUGAUUAUGGAAGAGCAAAAAAUUUGGUUAUUUAUGGCCAAUAUAAACCGCCUUUAUAUAAUUUUCAAAAUAUUAAAAUACCAGUCGCUUUAAUUUAUGGUGGAGGUGAUGUUCUUUCAACAAAAGAAGACAGUGAAGAACUGAAAAAGCAUCUGCCAAAUGUUUUUACGCUUGAAAAAGUGUCAGAUCCAAAAUUUACUCAUUUAGAUUUUCUUUGGGCAAAAAAUGUUAAAUCUUUAUUAAAUGACCGAGUGAUGUAUUUAAUGACCCAAUAUGAAACAAGAGGACUCGACGCCUAUGAAUGA